CGCAGCCGCAGUUCGACUCUGUUACAGAACGCUGAUUUUGUUGUUUUAACCCAGUUACUGUACCGCUCUGUCUCGUCCGUGAUAGUCAACAAAUACAUGUUGCAGUGAUGUAGGUCACAGAAGAAGGACUUUACCCUGCUGUUACCGGCUAACUUUGGCUAAUGUUACAGUCCACACCGGACUUCAGGACCAUUUAUGAAACUACUGCGGCUUCAUCAACUCGCUAGCUAGCUAGCUAGCUAGCCGCACGCUAGCAAACGCGCUAGUGUGAGUUUGGGGUGCUGCUGUUUGUUUGUCACUCUCUCUCGUCUCGGCUAGCUAUCUAACUCGGCUGCCGGGCGGAAUAAGCUGUUAUUUUGUGAGUGUGUGUGGUGUCGGAGCAGAAAAAUACACCGCCACCCCUGUCUUUGAUGCUGUCGUUGGUGUCAGGAGUCGAGCUAAGAUGUGGCAAAGUGUCGGGCUCACGCUGCUGGUCAUUGUGGCCACACUUGUCUGUGCGCUGCUCUUCAUGCUGUUUGGUUGGUAUGUAGUCUGGCAGCUCUUCCUGUCCAAAUUCAAGUUCCUGCGUGAACUUGUCGGGGACGCUGGCACCCCUCAGGCUGAAACUCAACCGUCCGAAACAAAGAACGAACGCGCGAGUAACGCCCCGACUCGAAAUCGGCCCAGGACUGCACGCCAAAGAGUUGCCUCUCCAGAAAGCACUUCGUAGAUCAUCCACACAGCCACUGUGUAUCCUGUCUCACCGUGACUUCUCGUCAGCCCUCUAUACACAUCGUGAGUGAUCAUCAGAGAUUAUUUCCCACUGACCCCACGCUCUACACUACACAAGGACCUUGUGGACACUCAGUAGUCAGCCCUCCUCCUCACUCCAGGACACUUUAAAUUGACCAGGAAGAUCUCCUGGUCUCAAAGGGAAAAGCCAUUAAAGUACAUUGUUGUCCAUCUCUUUAUGUCCUCUGUUGAUGUGUUUAAUUAUGUACAGUCAUGUGUACUGAGCAGUGAGACUCCGGUUAUCCUGCAAUAGUGACGGCCAGCUUUCACGAGCGGCCAAGCUGCUUCCUGCCACCUCUGUGGAGCAUAAAGACGCCCCAACACAACAAAGAGACGUUAAUUCUCUCAUGUACAGUGCUUAACAAAUUUGUUAGACCACCACCCAAUGUAAGAUUUAUUGCCACAGCUGCCCUAAAUUAACAGUAUUGGUAAUUACCAAAAUAAUUUUUUAUGUUUCUGUAAUGGUUAAUAUACCAGUAUGUAGAAGCUCUUUAACCGAAAUAAUGUUUUUAAUGCUAAAAUAUAAUAAUUAUUGUUAUCCAUGAAGUUUCAAAUUUACAGUUUUAUAAAAAAAAAAACAGAAAAAAUAGUAAAGCACAUUAUUAUUUCUUGAUCAAGAUAUCAAAUACUUGCAUUCCUUAACAGAAAAAUUACUUUUAGUGGUUGAAUGUUACGUUUGAUUAAUUUCUGAUUUCUCAGAGAAGCCCAGUGAGCCGGCCUUGGCAGUCAAUUUGCUGAGACUGGUACUUACAAAAUGCGCCAAGGAAGAGGCAGGAAACGAAAGUUAACCAAAGCAGAUGUCAGACACCUCAAGAUUUUAAGUACUUAGAGACAGAAGGAUGCUGAUCUUCAGGCAGAGACGAACGCUUCUAGGUCAGAGUCUGAGAAAGUGUCCAGAAUGACCAUAAAGCAUACGACUGAUGGAACAAGGCUUAAAGGGAAGAAAAGCUGGCAACUCUUCAGUCAGCAUCGUCGUGCUUAUGUCUGCAGAAAAGCUGGAGAACGUUUUGAUGCCAGAUGUACUGCACCCACAGUGAAACAUCGUGGAGAUUCCAUUAUGGUAUGGGGUUCCAUUUGUGGAAACGGCGUGGGCAAAUUAGUGAAAAUCGACAAUAUCAUAAAGAAGAACGUCCACCACAACAUCUUAGUGCAUCAUGGCAUCCCUUCUGGACUGAAUCUGAUUGGCUGUGGGUUCAUAUACCAACAAGACAACGAUCCCAAGCAACUAUUUCAAACUCAAUAACAAAAAAGACUGUGGUGGUCUAAUACAUUUCUUAAGCACUGUACAUGUUGUAUUUUUAGCAGAAGUCGGUAGAUAACUGUUAACAAUGAACUCGUCUGCAUCAUUUCAACAAGAGCAACUGAAGAAAAACUCAAAACUGAAACAAAGAUUUGUACAACUGACAACUUUAUUUUCUUUUUAAAACGUAACAAAGUGCAAUGAAAGGAAUGUUCAUGCUGUCAUUUUGUUGUUUCUUGCACAGCGUACCCCUAUACGUAUUAUGGACGACCAUCUGUGAGGUGGAAACUGUCUCACCUGGUAGAUAACGCCCAAAGCCUCUGAGGAAGAUGACAAAUGACAAGGCUUCAUUCCGGUUGUGUAAAAAAAAUGACUUUUUCUUGCAACUUCUCCUUCACCCUUUCUUUAUAGAUUCAUACUUGAAGAGUCAGGAGAAAGUUGCAAGGAAAUGACAGUUCAGAAGCAGCUAUACGCAUAUUUAGCUGAAGUCGUGGAGCGACAGAGCGAGGCUCCCCGCUGCUGUAAAACCUUCCUGAGCGACGUCUGAACCCUCUCCCUGUUCCCUGUGCCUCUUGUCUGUACGAGUGCCUGUCUAGAUGACAUCCACUGUUUGUUAUCCAGGCUCCUUUUGUGUAGACAACAGUAGCUCCUUCCUGUCCAUCACAGGGCAAAGCAAAGCUUGACCAGGGCCUAGUCAAUAUUUAUGUAAUACAGUCUCCCUCCAGGUACAACUCAUGUAACUCUUGCACCUUUUCUCAGUGGUGAUUUUUUUUUUCUUCAGAGGAGCAGUAGCUUCAAAUAAAUAAUGCCAUGAAUAUGUUGA